AUGGAAACGAAAGAGGAAAUAGCGUUACAACAGUUAUAUUUGGUACGAUUGAGGGAGCGUGAUCGUAUCAAUCAAAAUUACUCUCAGCUUUUUCCAAUUGCGAUAUUAAUAGAUAACGAUGACUAUCCAACCCCGAAUGCCCAGGAUACAUCCAUAAGAAACUUGAGGAUGGAAUUACGCAGCAAAGAACAAGAGAACCAAAAACUAAAAGAUAUUAUUCAAUUAAGAAAUAAAGAUUAUGGGAAAUUAAACGAUGAAAUUAUUGGUUUGAACCUGGAGAACAGUCUGCUUCAAGAGAAAUUGGCUUCACUUCAGAAUGAGUAUGAUAUUCUAAUCGAACGAUGGUUAGCAAAAGCUCAGCUAGAAGCAGAUGCUAUGAACAACGUUCUAAAAUAA